UCCUUGCAUAUCAUAAUCGAAGGACGAUCCACUCUACCGUCAUUCUAGCUUCUCAUACUCCACCAUCAGCCUGUCCUUUCCAGGUUCUUUCCAGGGAUCUACGGCGAUAAAACACACGGCCUCUGUCCGUUUUAGACAAUAUGGCGUCCGCAAACUACAAUUCUCACCCAUUGCCUGCACCGCCGCAGCAAGGGCAAAAUUACAACGAAUCUUAUCAACAGCCCGUUCCUCCGCAGCAAAACUAUCUACAGCAGCAGCGACAGCAACGCCAGAGACAAGCGCCGCCGCCACAAGCCCCCGAACCGCAGCGACCCGAGCGGGUCCGACCGAAGUCGAGAGCGUUCAGUUUCCGAUCGGAUAAGAGCCAGAAGAGCGCGAACAACCCUCAUCACAAGGUCGAUCUUACUGAGACGCACGUUGAGAAGGAGGCGAGAAGACUUCACGGGAAAACCGACCCUACGUUCGCGCUGACCGAGUCGGAACCAGCUAUGGAUGCGCAGUCUAAGGGAGGUUUCGGACAGGCUCCUUUACGAUCUUUUCAACACAAGGAUGUUUAUGGCAAUCCUAUUACUGAUCCCGACCGAUCGAAUCCCACUCGAAGUCGAUUAGAGAGGCCCCUCGACACAAUUCGGGGAUUUGAGGCCGCUAUUGAUGGCGGAUACAACCGCAAUUCUAUUCUCAGAUCAGAUUCGGAGUCGGUAGCGAAUUGGAGCAGACGAGGAAGCUAUUAUGGAAACAACCAACCUCGUUUCCCUCAAGAGAGCUAUUAUGGAGGACGAUCAAAUCCCGCGCUCCGACCUGAGAGUGUGAUGAUGGAUCCUAGACAAUCUGCGAUGAAUGGCCCGCGAGAGAGUUAUUAUGAAGGACCCGAUGGUGGUCAAUAUGGUCGUAACAAUGCGGCACCGAGAAUUAGAUAUUCACGGAUGCAGUCAGACCCGUAUGCGAAUGGCAACGGUCGUGGGGUUCCCGAUAGGAACGUUUACCCCAUGCCUAACAACCAUCGAUCCUAUGAGACGGUUGCGUCUGGUUCUGGUAGUGGCAGUCUAGGCGAACCGAAUGGAUAUCAGACAGAUCCGACAAGCAGCGACAACAGUUCGAUUGAUCGUCGCUCACCACCCAAGCGUCAAGAGCCUGUUAAUGACUAUGGUAUCAGCUUCGGUCAAGCACCGCAGACCCCAAGCCUUGGCCUGGGCGCUUCAGGCGGACCGCAGGCCGUUCCGCGAAAAGAGAAUGGAACUCUAUUACGAAAGCCUUCCAAAGCCGCCGUGUCUAAGGAACAGGCGGAACCGCGUCCGGGUAUAGAGAAGCGAAAGAGUUGGUUCAAGCGAUUUAGUAAAUCCUGAGUCUACUGACGGCGGGCGAAUCGGCGGCGUAUGCGAUGAAUUAUUUUCACACCACUUAAAUCUCGAGAUACCCCUCAUCUCUACCGUUUCCGACAUCCUCAUCGAUUCUUUGUUUCAUACGCAAUCGGGAAAUUAUCCUAGGCGACACAGUUUUUUGACGAUUAUCAUUGGACCGAAUACCACCAGUUGAUUCACAUACGUCUUCCGAGUGAAGGUUUUUAGUUUACGAU